UGGCUCGUUCUGUUGUGGGCUCGUGGUCCUCGAAGCCAAGAAGAAGAUUGUGAGGCUGGUCCACUACACAGCUCAAGGCUACUUCAAUGACGCCACAAAAGCGAGGUUGUUUCCUCAUUUCGAGCUCCAUAUCGCGCUCGUUUGCUCCACAUAUCUUUGUAUGAAAUCACUGGAGCAACCAGACGAUAGCGAACGGCAAAUAUCGUUCGCAGUGGACCUGUAUCCUGAUUCCGAUGAGUUCAUAAGCGACGACAGUGAUUCGGAUGGCGUCGGAUUCAGCCCCAACGUAGAUCAGCAUCCAAACUUUCUGGUUGGAGUUGGUAGACCUGCUCAAGGUCUGACUUUCUCUAAAAAGCUUCUCCACUAUCCACUUCUCAGUUAUGCUGGGGAGUUUCUCGGCGAGCAUUUUCGGAAAGCCCAGAAGAUCCAGAGAGGCAACUCAGAAAAUCAGGAUAUUUCGGCACAGUUCGAGGAAGUCCUGCGACGAGUAAAGCAACUAAUCACGGAGCGCUUCAAGCGGAACUUUUAUUGCCGUUUGUUGGAUGAAAUGAAUAUCUACUUCCGGAGAACCCCUCUUGACUUUCUCACUGAAUCAGAAGAGACGGAAGAAUAUUCCUGGAGCGAUUCCGACGAUGAAGAUAACAGCUCCUUGAACCAGUUUGUCGAGAGACUGUUCAAAGUGACCGAAGACCUGGAGAGCGAUAGUAUGGAGCAAUCUGCAGAGCCAGCUUUUACAGCUACCGACACAGAUCCUUGGGAAACCCCGCCCUAUAGAAGAAUGAGUUCUCAUUCAACAGAGGCUUCAAGCUAUCCUCCAUUUGGCGACCGACCCGCAGAGACGCCGUGGCCAUCUUACACCAGCUACGUUAAUUAUUCGCCACUACACCUAGCCGCCUUUGUUGGCUCUCCGGAAGUGAUUGAACACAUCAUGUCUCUUGAUGAGAGGCCAGGAGUUGAUGAGUUGGACUUUUUCCAACAAUCUCCACUCAUGGUGGCUCUGAAAAAGGGCUAUACAGAUGUCAUAUCAGUACUUCUCAAGUACGGCGCAACCGUAGACCUUGGGAACCCAUUCGGUCAUGCAUUUCUGCUAUACGCAGCUCAGCAAAGCGACUUUGGCAUCGUCGAGACGAUUCUUACCAGUGCCGUGGACGAUAGCAACCCUCCAAUUGCGACUCAGGGCUCGUCAUUGCCGUGGUAUUGCCAGAGCGCCCAAGACUGGAUCUCGGAUCUGCUCUUUGGAUCUAGUAGGAGGUCGUCAACGGUAUCAGAUGUUGACAGUCAAGAGCUAGACCCUGAAAGUUCUCACACACCGAAGCUUACCGCAGUUUCGCCAAGUCUCAUUCAACUUCUUUUGGAAGUAUUUCACUGCAAUGUAAUCAAUCUUUCCGGCGCUCUGGAAGCUUGCGAUGAUUCCACACCCCUCAGAGAUCGAUUUUUCGAAACCGCCUUCUUCCUUGCCAUCGAAAGAAAAGCUUCGGAUGUGGUAAAUGUCUUACUACAACAAGAAGGUAUCAACGCUAACAUGCGCGAUUACCUCGAUCAAACCCCCUUGCAUCGAGCCGCCUCACGCAAUUCAAUUUCCAUCGUAACCUCGCUCCUGGAUAACGGAGCCAAAGUAGAUCUACGCGAUAUGAACAAAGAAACCUCCUCGAUCUGCUUCGAGAAAAGGGAGCAAACCCUAACGUCAGAGGUAUCUGGGGCGUGUCCAGACUCUAUAAUGCGGCGGCUUGCGGCAAUGCUGAGGAUGUAAAAUUCCUCCUGGAAUGCGGAGUGGAUCCUUCUCUUAAGACUGAUUUUGGUUGGGCGCCUCUCCAUUGGGCAGCGCACAAUGGCAAUCUCGACUGCGUGCAUCUGCUGAUGGACAAAGGAGCCGAUUUGAACACCAUUUCGGACCAAGGUACAACGCCUCUUGAUCAAGCGCGGAUUGGAUGCAA